GGGCAGGCGACGGCUCUUGCGCAAGCGCUGUUCGCACUUUCCUGGCUUUUUUUUUUUUUUUUCCCUUUCCCCUUCCCCUCCCUCCCCCAGCCUGAGGGGUCUUGAGGUGACAGCGACUGCAACUGCGACUCCAGCAGGAGGAGGAGAAGAUGGACAAGGGGAAGACCGGGCGACGUCGAUCUUCAUCCGAAAUUAUCACAGAAGGAAAAAGGAAAAAGUCUUCAUCUUCUGAGUUACAUAAGAUAACAAAAAUGUUAAAUGCAAAACCGGAAGAUGUUCGUGUUGAGUCCCCACUGUCCAAACUCAGAAGCUCAGAACACUGGGAUCUCCCUUUGCAGGGGUGGAAAAGAAGCCUGAGAAAUAAGGUCCUCUCUCUAGACCAUAAAAGUAGGAAAAGUAUCCGUGGACGUCCUGUCACUUCUAAAACAUCACCAGAAAGGCAACUCAAAGUUGUGUUGACGAAUGUCCUAUGGACGGAUUUAGGACGAAAAUUCAGAAAGACCCUACCUAGAAACGAUGCUAAUUUAUGUGAUGCCAACAAGGUGCAAUCAGACUCAUUGCCUUCGACAUCUGUUGACAGCCUAGAGACAUGUCAAAAAUUAGAACCUCUUCACCAAAGCCUUAAUUUAUCUAAAAGGAUACCCAGAGUUAUAUUGACGAAUGUCCUGGGAACGGAGUUAGGAAGAAAAUACAUAAAGACCUCAUCUGUAACUGAGGCCAGUUUGGGUGAUACAGACAACUUGCAAUCAGAGCAGCUUUCUUCAUCAUCUGAUGGCAGCCUAAAAUCUUGUCAAAAUCUAAAUCCUCACAAGAGCUCCUUUUUAACUGAAAGGGUUUCCCAACCAAGUAAGACAGUAGAUAAUAAUUAUGCAAAGCAGGCUUCACACACUAAAGAAAAGCAAAGAGAUGAUGAUGGCAUUUCUCUUGUAGUAUCUGAUGCUCAACCUAAAGACCUCAGUAGUGGAAGUAGAGUUUGUGAUCAUCUUGAAGAAGGGAGCAGAAAUAAGGAUGAUAUAUUUUCUGAUUCAAAAAUGGAACCUGCUCUGACUCCCAGGAAAAGAAAGAAAAGGCUUAGAAGUAAUUUACCUGAUUCUCAUAAUUCUUCUUCUGCGUUGUAUGAAUCAGCAGGACAGAUAAAAAGACAAGAAAAUGACUCAACAGCAUCUGCUGAAUUUAAAAAGUCAAGUGAAAACUAUCAUCAAGACUCAAAAGUGCUUGAGGAAAUUACACCUGAACCUAUAGAAAGUGAUAUUGCUAAACUAUCCUCGCUUAAUAGUCAGGAGUUGGCUUUGAGUGCUGCUCCCAAAAGUACCUCUGACUGUUCAACCACUGAAACUUUUGAGAGCUCUAUUUCCACUGAUACUGUGGGGAAUUCUACCCUGCUAGAAAAGGAUGAGAAUGAAUUGAAUGUAAUAGAAAAGCCUGCUUUAAGUGAACACAGUGAGGGGAACCAAUCUUUGAUAUCAGUUGAACCAAUUGUUGUUUCCAGUGAUGAAGAAGGACCUGUUGAACAUAAAAGUUCAGAAAUUCUUAAAUUACAACCUACGCAAGACCAUGUCAUCACUAAUGAAAAUGAGAGUACUUCUGAAUCAGCAUUGUCAGAACUACCAUUGAUUACAUGUGAAUCUGUACAGGCUUCAUCUGAAUUAUGUCCAUAUAAUCCUGUCAUGGAAAACAUUUCCUGUAUUAUACCUAGUAAUGAGAUGGAUCUACAACUGGAUUUUAUAUUUACUUCUGUUUAUAUUGGUAAAAUAAAAGGAGCUUCUAAAGGUUGUGUUACAUUCACGACAAAGUAUGUUAAGAUCCCAUUUCAAGUGUCCUUGAAUGAGGUUUCAUUGCUAGUGGAUACCACACAUUUAAAGAGGUUUGGGUUAUGGAAAAAUAAGGAUGAUGAUCACAGUAAAAGGAGUCAUGCUAUCCUUUUCCUCUGGGUCUCUGCAAAUUAUCUUCAAGAGAUUCAGACCCAACUAGAAAACUCCAUAUUAAGCCAGCAAUCAAAAUCCAGUGAAUUCAUUUUCCUUGAGCUACACAGUCCUAUUUCACAAAGAGAAGAAUUGAAAUUGAAAGAUAUUAUGACAGAAAUAAGUACAACCAAUGGAGAAUUAGAGCUUUCUUAUCCAUUAUCUUGGGUUCAGGCACUUCCUUUAUUUCAGAACCUCUCUUCAAAAGAAAGUUCUUUUAUUCAUUAUUAUUGUGCUUCAACUUGUUCUUUUCCUGCUGUUGCUGCUGAAGAAAUGAAGAUGAAAUCAGUAUCUCAGCCUUCAAAUAUAGAUACAGCCAAGCCUACUUACACCUUCCUGCAGAAGCAAAGUAGUGGUUGCUACUCACUUUCUAUUACAUCUAAUCCAGAUGAAGAAUGGCGAGAAGUCAGGCACACUGGACCUGUUCAGAAGUUGAUUGUAUAUCCUCCACCACCUACAAAAGGGGGAUUAGGAGUAACUAAUGAAGAUCUGGAAUGCUUAGAAGAAGGAGAGUUUCUUAAUGAUGUAAUCAUUGAUUUCUAUCUUAAGUAUCUUAUAUUGGAGAAGGUAUCAGAUGAACUUGUUGAACGAAGUCACAUUUUUAGUAGCUUUUUCUAUAAAUGCUUGACAAGAAAGGAAAAUAAUUUAACAGAAGAUAAUCCAAAUCUUUCAAUGGCACAGAGAAGACAUAAAAGAGUAAGAACAUGGACUCGUCACAUAAACAUCUUUAACAAAGAUUACAUUUUUGUGCCUGUAAAUGAGUCCUCUCACUGGUACCUUGCAGUCAUUUGUUUUCCAUGGUUAGAAGAAGCUAUAUAUGAAGAUUUUCCACAAACUCUGUCCCAGCACUCCCAAGUCCAGCAGUCUCAACAUGACAACAAAACAAUAGAUAGUGAUCUACAUACUACUUCAACACUGUCUUUGGGCACAGAGGAUUCCCAAAGUACUGAGACGAAUACAUCAAUACCAAAGAAAAUGUGUAAAAGACCAUGCAUUCUCAUACUAGAUUCCUUGAAAGCUGCUUCUAUACAAAACACAGUUCAGAAUUUACGAGAGUAUUUAGAGGUAGAGUGGGAAGUUAAACGAAAAACUCAUCGUGAAUUCAGCAAAACAAACAUGGUGGACCUAUGUCCUAAAGUUCCUAAACAAGAUAACAGCAGUGAUUGUGGAGUAUAUUUACUGCAAUAUGUGGAGAGCUUCUUUAAGGAUCCUAUUGUUAAUUUUGAACUUCCAAUUCAUUUGGAGAAAUGGUUUCCUCGUCAUGUAAUAAAGACCAAGCGGGAGGAUAUUCGAGAGCUCAUUUUGAAACUUCAUUUACAGCAACAGAAGGGCAGCAGUAGUUAGUUAAUCUGUACAAACAUGACACAGAUGUUCUAUAAGAUUACUGGAAAGCCGCUUACAGCAUUUGUGCUAGCUCACAGAGAAGAAAAUAACUUGUGGUAGUUUUAUAAGUCAUUGAACAGUAUCUAAAAUAUAUAAGAUAUUAUUAGAUUGUUGAGAUCUCAUAGAUGCAGUGGAAAAUGGGGGUGAUAUAAACUUAUUAGAUAGAAAUUAAAAUUUCAUAAAUAUUUGAUAUUUUUCUGAUUAAAUAUGCUUCUGAUUAUGCAAUAGCAUAUGUAAAUGUGGGAAUGUUUUUGUAGAUAAUAAAACUAUGUGAUCUGUACUUCCAUAUAAAUGGGAGUUGAGGGGAGUUUGGUCCUCCCUGGUGCCAGCCCCAGUGCUUGUCAAGUUUGUUGACAAGUCACAUUAUAUUGUAAUUCUAUUCUUUGCAGCUCAAGCAUGCAGUAUGAAUACUGUGUAUUUUUUUAAAGAAGAAUUUAGUAUUAAGGCUUCAGAAAAUGCCAUUUACGGCAUCCCUUCUGUAUAGUGUAAAAGAGGACAUGAUGUUAGGAGAUGAUAAAAACUGACUCUUUCAAAGCGCAGCUUAUUUUUCUCAGUUGCUAAAUGGAACUGUUACUCUGCUGUAAUUGUUAUAUGUUCUCUUUUUCUUUUGAUGUCAUAUGUGGGAAUCUGAAGAUUUAGUUCAUUCAUUCAGAAUGAAAUUUGGAACAAAAAAAUGUUAACUGUCCAAAAUAGGUUUUUAAAAAUUACAUAUGUAGCUCAACUUAGUUUGAGGUAUAGCUUUAUCAAUAUUGACUUCUAUCCUACUCUGAUAUCUUAGAAUGUAUAUACACAGUUUCUGUAAGUACAUAAGAUAAAAUUGGUGUCCUCAUAACUUUAAUUAAAAAACACCCCCAAAAUCUUAUUUAUUAAUUGUUAGAACUAAAUAUAUAAUUUUAUAGCUACUUCUGUUUACCCGGUAUUCAUCUGAAAAGCCAGAUUGCUAGAAUUGCUUUUAUAUUUUUAGAUGGUAGUUUUUAGAGACCUAUGAUCCCUAUGGAGCAUAAGUUUUUAUUAAAUGUUCAGGUAACAGUUUUGAAUUCAUGUGAUAAUGGUGGUAUUAUAUGAUUAAGGACUUCACAACCUUUUAAUGUUAUCAGGAAAAUUUUGAGGGGACAAUGAUACUGUAUUUUCUCAGAUAAGAAACAUGUUUUCUAAGAGUAUUAUUUUGAUCUUCUGUUUUAAGCAUCUCUUGGAUUUAUAUUGUUAACUGUAUAUAAAGCAGUGAGGCAAAGGCAAUUUAAGAUAAAGGUAAAAAUUGGCACAUUUUAUUUCAAAAUCAUGUGAAUUUGAGGUUGUCAGUUAAGCCUCAGUGUUUUUGAGUUUUUGUUAAUCUUGUCACCAUCUUUAUAUUGUUAAAGAUAUUUGUCUUUUGGAGAUUUCUUAUAAAGAUGGUUAUAAUUACAUGUUUUCAUUCCCAAUUUGUGUGUAUAUGGGAGGGGACUUUUUAAAAUGACUAUUAAUUAUUUUGUACAUCUAAUUUUGGGAAAGCAAGUAUGUAAUACAUCUUCUUGUGACUUCUUAACUUUUUUGUUUGUAUGUUUUUCAAAGGUACCACUGUCCUUUAUCAUGUUUUGAAGAUUGUUUAAAAUUCAUUUUCCUAAAUUCAUGUGGAAAUAAUGUGUUGAAUAUCAACAUUUUAUAUUAAACACAUUUCCAAUUCAUUAAA